AUGUCUUACCCCUUGGUUUGUUUGGGAAACCCCUUGUUGGAUUUGCAAGUCGAUGUCGACGCCGCCUACUUGGCCAAGUACGACUUGAAGGCUGACGAUGCCAUUUUGGCUGAAGAAAAGCACAUGCCAAUCUACGACGAAGUCCUCAAGAUGGACGGCUUGAAGUUGGUCGCCGGUGGUGCUGCUCAGAACGCUGCAAGAGGUGCCCAGUACAUCUUGCCUGCUGAGUCUGUUGUCUACUUUGGCUCAACUGGAAAGGACGUCUACUACGAGAAGUUGGUGGCUGCCAACGCUCAAUACGGUUUGAGAACUGAAUACCAGAUCCAGGAAUCUACUGCUACUGGUAAGUGUGCUGCUUUGAUCAGUGGCAAGCACAGAUCCUUGGUGACCGAUUUGGCUGCCGCUAACCUCUUCACCGCUUCGCACUUGCAGAAGCCAGAGAACUGGGCUCUCGUUGAGAACGCCAAGUACUUCUACAUUGGAGGUUUCCACUUGACCGUUUCCCCAGAAGCUAUUGAGUUGUUGGGCAAGCACGCUGCAGACAACAACAAGACUUUUGUGUUGAACUUCAGUGCUCCUUUUAUUGCUCAGUUCUUCAAGGACCCAUUGGACAAGUCUCUUCCAUACUGUGACUACAUUAUCGCCAACGAGUCUGAGGCUGCUGCCUAUGCUGAGUCUCACGGUUUGGACACCACCGAUGUGGUGACCAUCGCCAAGCACGUUGCCAAGUUGCCAAAGGCUAACACCUCCAAGCCUAGAACCGUCGUUUUCACUCAGGGUACUGAGCCUACUGUGACGGUUGUCUACGACGCUGCUUCUGACUCUUUUGAUGUCAACGAGUACAAAGUCAGAGAAUUGUCUGCUGAAGCUGUUGUCGACACCAACGGUGCUGGAGAUGCCUUCGCUGCUGGUUUCUUGGCUUCUUUGGUCCAGGAGAAGACUUUGCCUCAGGCCGUUGACGUGGGUCAAUGGGCUGCUUCCUUGUCCAUCCAGGAGGUUGGACCAACCUUCCCAUUCCCAAAGCAGACCUACAAUUAA